AUGACUUCGGUACCGAUCCACAUAACCAAUGGCGAAAAUGGCGUCAGACCAGAGGGGAAGAAGCAGAUUUUGCUCAAUGCAUUUGACAUGUCUACUGUUGGGCACUUGUCUCCUGGACAAUGGAAGAACCCCGCCGACAAGUCAGCAACUAAACGCGACCUUAACUACUGGAUCGACCUCGCGAAGCUCUUAGAACGAGGCGGCAUCAACGCCCUCUUCCUUGCCGACACCUAUGGAGGUUACGAUACCUACGAAGGAAGCCUUGACAACUGCAUUCGCCGAGCGGCUCAAUGGCCAAUGACAGAUCCUACUAUUCCGAUCAGUGCCAUGGCCGCUGUCACGAAGAACCUCACAUUCGCCAUCACCGCAUCCACAUCAUUUGAGCCGCCCUUCCUUCUCGCCAAGCGGUUUUCCACACUCGACCAUUUUACAAGGGGCCGCAUUGGAUGGAACAUUGUCACUUCUUGGAAGAAAGCAGCAUUCAAGGCGAUUGGCUUAGACAGCCCAAUUCCCCAUGACGAGCGGUAUGCUCAGGCAGACGAGUAUCUGCGGGUUCUUUACAAGCUUUGGGAAGGCUCAUGGGCAGAUGACGCGAUUACCCCUGAUCCGGAGAACGACAGCUAUGCCGACCCCGAUAAGAUCCGGACGAUUCACCACCACGGAAAGUUCUUCGACCUCGAUACACGCCACAUCGUCGAUCCUUCACCCCAAAGAACCCCCUUCCUUUUCCAAGCAGGCACAUCAGCGGCUGGAUCAGAAUUCGCGGCAACACAUGCCGAGGGUAUCUUCGUCUCCUCGCAUUCCCCAAAGCUUCUACGCCCAAAGGUCAAAGAGAUCAGAGAAAAGGCUGCAGCCCUAGGCAGAGACCCUCAGUCCGUCAAGUUCUUUGCAACUUUCACUCCGAUUGUGGGACGGACCGACGAAGAGGCCCAGGCUAAGCACGAGGAGCUGAAGAAGUAUGCUUCCGUCAUUGGAGGAUUGGUCCUCGUCAGCGGCUGGACGGGCAUCGAUCUGUCCAAGAUCCCUGUGGACCAGGAGGUUACUGCCGCGGACUCUCUAGAGGCGCACAAGGUGCGCAGUAUUCUCGAUGCCUUCACAACGACCAGUGAGCAUGUCCCCAAGUGGACACCUCGUGUCAUUGCCGAACGAGCGGCGAUUGGCGGGCUCGGACCGGUGUCUGUUGGAAGCCCUCAAAAGGUAGCGGAUGACUUGGAGUACUGGAUUCGUGAAGGUGACUUGGAUGGUUUCAACUUGGGAUAUGUCACGACGCCAGGCACGUUCGAGGAUGUCGUCGAUCUUCUUAUCCCAGAGCUUCGGCGGCGUGGAAUCUAUCCAGAGGCACCUGCCGACGACGUUGCUUUUACGGCCAGAGAGAAGGUCUACGGGCAGGGGCAGAAGGGAUUGAGGGCUGAUCACCCUGGCUCGUCUUACAAGUAUGAUGUAUACAAGGAGGAAGGCGCAAGUUCGAAGCUUGCAGACUAA